ACAGGAGAGCAGCGGGAAAGGCAGCGCUCUGAGAGCUGGCGGCCCUGCCCGCACCCCAAAGCCCGGAGAGAAAGCCGGCUGCGCGGUGGGAUCCGAAGGCUGCUGCCGUGUGCUCGUCUGGUCCCAAGCGGUUCCUGAGUAGUACUAGGAGGGACCUGGGUUUGAGUCCUUACUUGUCACCAACUUGCUGAGUGACCUGGACUGGUCAUAUCUCUCCUUAGAAUCUGUUUUUUCAUUUCUGCAGUAAAGGGGUUAACCCAUAAUUAACAAGGAUAACUCCUGCUUUGAAACCGGGUCUUGGAUUUUAGAUUUCCAUGUGACACUGGAGAAGUCUGGCCGGGACAUGGGACUCUGAAAUGCCAAUGGCUCUGGAACCCACUCUCUGCUCAGCCUGACUCAUGUCUGUUUGAGACUUGGGAGUGCCUGCUGGUUUCCCUGACGUGCCUGGCUUUGCACCUACUCCUCUCUCCCCUGUACACUCCCGCCGAGGAGGAGUUCUCUCCUGUAGCAUAUCCAGGCAGAGCACCGGGAGCCAGAAGGAGCUGAGGAGCCAGACCCUUGUCCCAGACCCAGAGGCAGCCAUGGGAACCUGUGCAGAUACCAACAUCUCAUCUGACCUUGAGAACAACACCACAGGCGUCACGACCUUCUCCAUGCCCGGCUGGCAGCUGGCACUGUGGGCCACAGCCUACCUGAUCCUCGUGCUGGUGGCCGUGAUGGGCAACGCAACAGUCAUCUGGAUCAUCCUGGCCCAUCAGAGGAUGCGCACCGUCACCAACUACUUCAUUGUCAACCUGGCCGUGGCCGACCUCUGCAUGGCCGCCUUCAAUGCCGUCUUCAACUUCGUCUAUGCCAGCCACAACAUCUGGUACUUCGGCCGUGCCUUCUGCUAUUUCCAGAACCUCUUCCCUGUCACGGCCAUGUUCGUCAGCAUCUACUCCAUGACCGCCAUUGCUGCAGACAGGUACAUGGCCAUCGUCCACCCCUUCCAGCCACGGCUAUCAGCCCCUGGCACCAGAGCAGUCAUUGCUGGCAUCUGGCUGGUGGCCCUGACCCUUGCCUUUCCACAGUGCUUCUACUCUACCAUCAUCAUGGACCAGGGAGCCACUAAGUGUGUAGUGGCCUGGCCCGAAGACAACGGUGGCAAGAUACUCCUUCUGUACCAUCUCGCAGUGAUAGCCCUCAUCUACUUCCUGCCUCUCAUGGUGAUGUUCGUCGCCUACAGCGUCAUAGGCCUCACGCUCUGGAGACACACUGUCCCCGGGUACCAUGCGCACGGCGCCAACAGGCAUUACCUGCAGGCCAAGAAGAAGUUUGUGAAGACCAUGGUGCUGGUGGUGGUGACGUUCGCCAUCUGCUGGCUGCCCUACCACCUCUACUUCAUCCUGGGCAACUUCCAGGAGGACAUCUACUGCCACAAGUUCAUUCAGCAGGUCUACCUGGCACUCUUCUGGCUGGCCAUGAGCUCCACCAUGUAUAAUCCCAUCAUCUAUUGCUGCCUCAACCGCAGGUUUCGCUCUGGAUUCCGGAUUGCUUUCCGUUGCUGCCCCUGGGUCACGCCAACCGAAGAGGACAAGAUCGAGCUGACUCACACGCCAUCCCUGUCCAGGAGGGUCAACCAGUGUCACACUAAAGAGACUUUAUUCAUAAAUGGGGGGGAUGUGGCCUCGUCUGAGGCCACCAGUGGGCAGGCUGGGGGUCCCCAACAUGGGGUGCCUGCUGAAUCCUGAAGCCUUGUGUCUGGCUGCAGGGUGAGGCUUAGCACCCUCUGAGAAGUCGCAGACCAGAUCUGAAGAGACCAGAUCUGAAAACCUGGCCCACGCCUCACCCCUCAAUACCUCGACGGAAGAACAAGGGGCCGGGCAGUCUGCGGGGGAUGCUGACUUGAAGAGGACCCAGCCUGCCCUCAGACAGUGCCUCAGGGGAUCCAGCGAGAGACAGGGAGACAGAGUGAGCUAACACCUGUCAGCCAGGAGCUAUGGGCCCAGACACCUUCCUGGGGCACAGAACGUAACGAAUAAGUUGGAUCCAGUAUAAAAGAAAAACUGCAACCAUGAUGGUAAAAGGCAACUGGCUUCCAGUGUUGGGGUGAUAGGGAGUGGUGGGGACUGUGGCAAACCAGAGGACAUAGGCAUCCAAAGGGGACAGUAGCUGAUCAGCUCUAGACAAAUGCUGCCGUGUGGUGAGGGGAAUUCACUGUUGCCUCGUCUUCUAAGUCUUCCAAGAGAAGCCAGACAUCCCAAUCUGUGAGACUUCCAGGCUUGUUACAGUUGGCUCAUUUUUAUCAACAUUGGGGGAACAGAACAAAACACACCUGCGGGCAGCAGCCAACAAGACAGAUUCAUUGUCAGGUUCAAGACAUGAGGCUUCUCUGCCCUGGCAUCUAAAUACUCAGAUCCAGCCCAGUAUUGAUGGUGAAAAGUCAAAGGGGUUGGGGGGAAAGGCAAAGGAAGCCUCCGCUGUGCCACCUCACACAAGCCCCCCUGGCCCUCCGCUCUCCCUCUCCCGAUGGCAGGGCAUGCUGCGGGGAUGACGGAGCGACACCUGCGCACCACCAGGCCAGACACAGGUGAAGUGUUCAACGAACAGCAGCUGCCAUGGUGUUCGUUACUCCCGUGCCGGCUGCAUUACAUGAACAGCUCCUGCGAGGCAGCAACACAACUCUCACCCUCACUUUCACAGCAAGGAGGUGGCAGGCAGACACCAACUGUCCUGACCCAGAGGAAGUUCCGGGUCUGGCCCAAGGACGCCCCUCUCCCAGCUUGCCGCCUCCCCCCCGUCUAGGCCCCAGAAGAACUGUGUAACACUAAGUGUACAUCAAGAGGGUCCAAUGUUAUCAGGUGUUCUCCACAAAAAUCACUGUGCCACAGGCACCAGCUGUGCCAAAUAAAAAGGCUCUGCUCUCGCCAAA